CAAUGCUCUUUGUGGAUCUGUGGAAGGCAGCAGUGAGCUAUUUUUUUGGAUAGAAGACCUGCAACACACAGUGAGGCAGGCAGAGCAGACGGUGAGCACCGAACUGGAACAGGAAGCAUGGUGCCAGGAGAGGCAUGGCGAGCUUAGCCUGGUCCAAAGAAAGCAAUCCCAGCCCUUCAACCAGCCCCAAGACACAUUCUUGCCCUUGCAGACGAGCCCUGUGCAGCAGGCAGCUCUGCAGAGUGCCACCCAGCCCUGCCCCAUCCUGUGCCCUGCACAGAGGUGCAGGACCCGCUGUGUAGGCCCUGAGCCUGCUGCUGAUGGAAAUGCUCUGCUUCUUCCAGCUCUGCUUCGUUUGUGGCAAUCGGGGGGCCAGCAUCACCUGCGCAGAGCCAAGCUGUGACCGCAGCUUCCAUCUCCCCUGCGCUUCAAAUGGUGAAUGUGUCACCCAGUUCUUUGAAGACUUCAGGUGCUUCUGCAGGGAGCAUUCCCCGCAGCAGGCAGUGGAGGCAGUGCCAGCACAGGACACGACCUGCAUUGUCUGUAUGGACCCCGUGGGGGACAGCAUGUCAUACAGCACCAUGGUGUGCCCUGCCUGCCAACACACCUGGUUUCACCGGGCUUGCAUCCAGGGACAGGCCCUGCGCGCAGGGUUUUUUUGCUUCCAGUGCCCCCUCUGCCGAGACAGAGACUGGUUUAUUACGGACAUGCUCACUAUGGGGAUCCGAAUCCCAUUCAGAAAUGCAACGUGGGAGGACAACGGUGCCUAUGCAUCCCUGGGAGUCAGGCACAGGAGCUGUGAUGCCAGCGACUGCCUUUACCCACACGGCAGGGAGCAGGCAGAGGAAGAGGGGUGAGUUAUCUCUGCGUGGUAUCACAGCCUCACCACAGCCUGGAGGAGCACAGACUGAGCACCAGAGCUGUGAAGGGGCACUCCGUAGCUCCGGUCACUUUGUCCUUAUGGUCACAACCCGUUGUUUUCCCCAGGCCCUGGCAGCUGCUCCUCUGCAGCUCCUGUGCUGCACAAGGCACUCACUGGCACUGUUCCAACUUGAGUCCAAGCACAACCAGCUGGGAGUGCAACACCUGUGCUGGAGAGGGCACCGGUAAGAGGCAAAGAGCUGCGUGCUGCUGGGCUGGGGCCAGGCAAGGCCUGGCAGUGGCUGUUAAGAGCAGCUUUGCUCAAAUCCCUCAAGCUCAGGACAAAUGGGAGCCAGUUCCACCCCAUGGCUGCAAUUCCAUCCUGCUUACUUUCCUGCCUCCCCUUACAGGCUCCAGCACCAACUCAGGUCUUCCUGGCUACAGUACCAUCAGCCAGCAGGGACUGGGGCCAUCCCAAGGCUCUGAGACACCAGAGAGCAGCAGGUCCAGCACCACCAGACAGGCACCAUUGGGGCCAGCUAACUGUUCCCCCGUGCCUGAGAGCAGUGGCCUGUCCAGCCAGUGCUGCACAGACCGGAGGAGAAUCUGCCCAUGUGUACAGCGGGAUGAAAAUAAUGAGCCCCGAGGACAGCGUGGGAGCAGCCAUAAUGCUGCCCCGAUUGUUGAGAGCCACACUCCAAACUCUGCAAUACAGGAGUCAUCAGAGUCCUUGAGGCACACCCCAUCAAUUGGUUACAACCUCCGGUGCAGACAGGGACAGCGGGCCGAGACAAGAAGCCGCUCUCCAUUGCAACGCCGAUCCCCAGAUCCUCAGAGCCAGCCCCAAUCACGCCGUGGGAGCAGGCAGGCACCAGCCUCAAAUGCUGAGAGCUGCACCAACAGAUACACUGGACCAGGAGCAUCGCGGUCCUCGAGGGUUUCCACGGCAGCUGAUAGAAGACGGUCCGGGCAGGCAGGGCGGGCCCGGACUCGGAG